AUGGCAAAAAUAAUAGAAACAGAAGUCAAGAAGAAAUCAUUUGAGAAGAAAGACAAGAUUGCAUUGGCUCGACACUGGCUUUCGCUCGCGUUGACUACGGACGAAUUGACGGUUGACGCAGACCUUGCUCCAAUGGUUGCUUCAUUUUGUUCACCGAAAGAACGACAAAGUCGUCGACGAAGCAAAGACGAGGAGCACGAACAGGAGGUUGUGACCAAAGACGCAUCAGCCAUUUCUGGUAAACUAGAUGAUCUGGCAGACUGUCUUGUGCAGGCAGUAACAUUUGCUCUCUGGGAGCAGAAUCGCGCAAGAGUUCGAGAUUACGUGUAUGCUGAAACACGGAGGGUGUGGGCAGAUCAGUAG